AUGAAAUAUUCAGAAUUAUUUUAUUGUUUUUCAAUAUGGGAGGAAGCCUAUAAAUAUGAUGAUAUGGUUAAAGGUAAAAAAAAAACUGUAGGUAGGACAUCAACCCAAUUCGAAAAGGUUGAGUAUAACAACAAUAAUAUUUUAAAUAAUGAUGAGGAAAAAGAAGAAAAAACAAGCGAUAAAUUAAUAAAUAAUAAUAAUGUGGAAAGUACAAAUAAUACAAAUUCAGAACAAGACUAUUCAGACAUGUAUCCGUCUUCAAGUGAUGAAAAUAUAAAAAGAAAUAAAGAAGAACUAAAUAUCGAUAAAUAUGAUCAAAUAGAAAAAUUUGAAAAAUUAAAAAAAAUAUAUAACAAAACAAAUAAUUAUGAUAACAGAAAUAUGAAUAUGAAUAUAUAUAGAAGAUGUACCAGUACUCCUAAUAUGACAAGAAAAAAGAGAAUGGUUAUGAAGAAAAAUAAAUCAUUUCCUUGUCCUAAUACAUUGAAAGAAACAAAUUUUACUUAUUCCUAUGAAUUGUAUAGUGCACCAAAAUAUGUAAUAGAUUCUACAGUAUCGGAAAAAUCCUUUUUCGAAUCAAGCCAAAUUGUAUCAAAUUCGUGUACGAACCAGUCAGGAGGUUCUUUCAAAUUUUAUGAAUAUAAUGGAUAUUCAUCUUCCUCCUACAAAUUCAACCAAUUAAACGAAGACGACAGAACGAAGAACAUCAUACUUAUCAUAAAUAACGAAACAAAUAACAACGAGAUAAAAGAAAAUAACAAAAUUUUGAAAACAUCACGUUCGUUAUACUUCUUAAAUAAUAAUUUUAAUAAAACAGAGAAAUUCAAAAUUAAAAAAAGUAACUCCACAUAUUUUAAUGAUAAGAAUAUUUCUUUAUAUUUUUAA